AUGUCGACUAAAUCCACAUUUCCCCGGAAAGCGAUUUCCUCUGACAAGCCUAAGACAAACGAGCCAGUGUCAACAAAAAUGCCGCAUGCAACUGGUUCCGAAGUGGUGGAGUCUGAUGAUGAGGACUUCAACAAUGUGAUGCGCCAAAUGAAUGCGCCGACAAACGAAGCCUCAUUCGACUUUCUACAACGAGAACUCGAACCGGGAGAGAAGGCGGAUGAUGCGGUGGACUAUGAGGAUAUCGAUGACGAUGAUCUUCCGGACGAAGAGCUUGGGUUUUCGAACCUUGAGAACGGAGAAAAGGCGUCGAUUCAGGACGACUGGAGCGCGAUGGAAGGUGGACAUGCCGACCGGAAUGACGAACUGCCACCAAUUGGAUCUGAAGCUAUUUCCUCUCUCGACGUUCUCGAUGUAGCAUCUCCAGCCAAAGAGAAUGACACAACGGAGGUUGCGCGUGGAAUGGAUAGGGGCUCUGUUAUGGCUCCUACAGAUAUGGACGCGGCAACCUUUAAAGAAUACCAACUCCAACAAGCACUUUUUGCAAUGUCAUCGUACGGACCUGACAAUCCGCCUGCGCCACCCGAGAACCACGAGGAACUUUUGGCAUCUCUUUGGCCCAAAUUCGACCGAAAUGCUAUGCCACGAUUUCUAGAGCUUCUACCUCCGAAAAAGUCACAUUUUGUAGGGAAAUCUCCCUUGAAGCCACCGAAGCGAAUUGUUCCCACGAAACUUAAUCUUGAACUGGCUCAGGACCAGGAACGAGCAUUUCGUGCUACUGGCCAAACCCUGAAGCGUGCUUUGGAUUUGGAGAAUACUUCCAUUGUCGUUAUUACUCCUCCUGCCGAGGCAACAGGUGGUUCAAGCGAUAAUAUGGAUAUUGAUGGUGACCUCGACGAGGAGCUUCCCGGCGGAAUUACUAUGCAGGACUUACAAUUUAUUUGCGCCGAUUGGGAUAUAAAGACUCCAGUUCCUGAUAGUGACGAGGAGGAGAUGGAAACCGUCGUAGAAGCCAUACCCAAUGAGCAACCCGGUGCGGAAGAUGAUGACUGGCUGUUUGAGACGAACCGCCCAACUAAGAAGCGUAGGCUGGACAAAUCACCAGCGGACUACAUAUCAAGCAUGCCGAUCGAUAUGCCCUUGUUUGACGAUCCAGUAAGCGAAACUGCGAGGCUUGCGAAGAAGAUACAGAUUGACCUGAAUGACCCGUAUCUAUUGCUUGAUGAGCGUCCUUCGGAAGUAGCUUUACAAGCCCCAAAGCGGUUGGGGACUGUGAACCGGGAUGAAAUUGCGGGGAGCUUUACGAAGCGUUUAAUCAAACGAUAUAAUAUCUCCAAUGACGAUGCUUACGAUAUGCUCAAAGAAAACCAUCAAAACAAAGUCAGAAGCACUCUCGGGAGUGUGGCGCUUGAGCACAGUUUGCCAGCUGUGCGCCUCCAAUGGCCGUACUACAAAACGAAACUCGCGAGACAAGAGGCACGAUCUUUCCAUCGCCCGAGUUUGAGCUUUUACCCCAAUUUACCUAUAUCAUUCAAAAAGCCUCUCCAUAUUAAGCGGAAGCAUCAGAAGGGCAAGGACGUCAAAACCUUGUACACCUCAACAAAAUCCCUAUCUCUCUCCGAUAAUUCGAAUGUUCUUUUACUGGAGUAUUCUGAAGAGCAUCCAACUAUGAUGUCGAAUUUCGGAAUGGGCAGCCGUUUGAUCAACUAUUAUCGACGAAAGAAUAUGGAGGAUCCUGCUCGUCCCAAAGCGGAGAUUGGUGAAACAGCUGUGCUAUUGCCCCAAGAUAAAAGUCCGUUCUCCAUAUUCGGGCAUAUUGAUCCGGGAGAAACAAGUGCCGCGAUUACGACUGCAAUGUUUCGAGCCCCCGUAUUCCAGCAAGAACCAAAACCAACAGAUUUCCUUGUAAUCCGCAACAGCACUGGAAUUGAUGGUUCGAGUUACUAUAUAAGGAACAUUGAGAACCUAUAUGUCGUUGGACAGCAGUUCCCUUCGGUCGAUGUUCCGGGGCCACAUUCGCGGAAAGUAACCACGGCCUCGAAGAAUCGUUUGAAAAUGAUCUGUUACCGGCUACUGAAAAGAAACAAGAAGCACAGAAAUCGACAAAAAAUGAAAGAAUUCCUUCAAUUUUCAAAGGAUCAUAAAGAAUGGGAAAUGAAGCCUGGAGAUCCUAUCCCAGAUGAGGAUGUUUUGCGUGGCUAUGUUAAGCCAGAAGAUAUUUGCCUUCUCGAAGCUAUGCAGGUUGGUCAGCAACAUCUUCACGAUGCUGGCUAUGAUCGUGAUGAAGAUGACGCGGAUGACGACGAGAAGGAAGGCGAGAGUUCUGAACAACAGCUUGCUCCUUGGAAAACGACACGUAAUUUCUUACUUGCAACCCAGGGUAAGGCUAUGUUACAGCUACACGGCGAAGGAGAUCCUACCGGUCGAGGCGAAGGGUUCAGCUUUAUCAAGACUUCCAUGAAGGGAGGGUUCAGGGCUAUAGGAGAAAGUGUUGAAGAUAAGCUCGAUGCUCAAAGGCUUAAGGAGCUUGGCGGUCAUAGCUACAAUGUUGCUCGACAACAAAAGUCCUAUGAAGAGUCGAUCCGACGUAUCUGGGAAGCACAAAAAACAAGCUUAUCCUCGACGAUCGAACAUUCAGAUGAGGAGAGUGACAUUGACCGCGAUGAGCCAGAUGAGGUAUUUACCAAGCCAAGGGCCAGGUCACAACGACCUACGCCAGGGUUAGGCCGACGAGACGAUGAGACGACCAGCCAAUUCAGCCGCAUGAGCACGGCCAGCCAUACUGGCAAGGUUAUGAAAAUUACCCGUAAAGUUCCUAACUCUAAAGGCGGUUAUGAUGAAGUGCAGGAAAUUGUGAAAGAUCCGCGCGUGAUCAAGCAAUACGUCAAGCAGCGACAUGAAGCCGAAGCGCGAAACUUAAUCGAUAAAGCUAACGUUUGCAGACUGGGGGAUAUUAAACCGACGGGGGAUCCUGAAACGGAUGCCCGACGGAUGAAACAGUUGCAAUUCGAGCUUCAACGCCUUCAACGUAACAAGGAGCGCCGUCAUGCCCGCGAAAGACAAAAAGGCAUUACCUCGGAUGUCGCGUCACCGGGGGGUGCGAAUUCCCCCACUACCGCCGGCCCCAAAGGAGGAGGCACCCAAAGGAAAUGCGCAAAUUGCGGCCAGGUCGGACAUAUCAAAACCAACAAAAAGCUAUGUCCCCUUCUAAACGGUACGAUGAAAGCUGAAGACGGCCUUGCCGGUUCCGCAUUUGCUAUGGGUGCGCCUCCCGCGAUCUAG